UCUCUCUCUGUCUUACUCGCGCGCGCUCGUCUCUCGAGCAGUUUGCUCCUUGGCUGUUGUGUGCACCGCAUCGCGUAUUUGUACGUGAUGUUGUUUUUCGCGAUCGCCCUGCUGCGUAGUUGCGUCGCUCGGUAGCUAGUCUUCGACACGAGUUGCUCAACACUCACCGGGUCCAGGUCUCUACGUAGUUGGCUGCGCAGCAGUCACCUCGAGUCCGACUUUCGAGGAUUAUCGCGCGGAAUAUUCCUCGGCCUCGGCAACAGCAGCAGCGCGCAAGGAUACAGGCGCAUAAGCAAGGAUACAUAUCUGCCUGGCGGCGGAGCGGCAUUCCUCGCAUUCUCGGCGCACAAGGAGCUCUGCUGCUGCUACUCUGGCUCCUUUCUUACGUGCGUGUGUAAGUGGUGUAUAUGUGCGCUGAUGCAGCACAGGAAUAUUAUGCUGCUGGGCGAGUGACUCGAGCGAAGCAGCCCGGCUUUAUCGAGCGCGCGAAUCCAUAGCCAAGUGUGUGCAUUUUAAUACUUAUGUGAUAUAACAAGUACGAAUAUAGUUGCAAAUUUUAACCGAUCGACGGCAGAAGAGUAUUAAGCUUGCGCGAGAGACAGCCAACAGUAGGGCCUUGAUCGACGAUCCUUUCCAACCGGCUCCAGAGAGGAAUGCGGUGCAAGCUCGGCGCUAACCGCCAAUCAAAAGCAGCAGCAGAGCCGAAAUCGUCGUCGUCGUCUGCCGAUCCAAAUGGAUAAUAAUCGCUCGGUGGAAUCGGCAGCUGCUGUGCUGGAAAAGCUGGACUUGCAGCCAUCGUUAUCAUCGUCAUGCAGCCAGCAGCGAACGACGAUCGGGAGCAACAGCAGCCAAGGACCAGAACGACGACUCGGCAGCAGCAGCACGAGUUUCUGCCGCUGUGCGACGUGCUCUUCAACAUCGUCUCGCUGGCCUCGUACUUCGGCGACGUCGUGUUCGAUCUGGCGAUGGCCUACGCCCUGGCCAGCCAUCCCCAGGCGCCGCCCCUCCUCUUUCCGCUCUGCAUCGUCUUCGUCGUAUUUUCACUUUUCGUUUCCCAGCUGAUGAGCAUCAAGUGGUACCUAUGGGGAGCCCGUGGCAAACUCAGCUCCAACAGAACAACAACAACAACGACGACAGCGAUAGAGCAGAAGCAACAAGUCGAAAAGCGCGCCUCGACAGACAAAUGGAGCCUCGGCUGCGUCCUGCUGCUGCACGCGAGUCAAGUCGGCGUGCUCUGGCGCUACUUCAAGCUCUUCAUACCGGUGGAUCUGGCCUACGUGAAGCACGAGGUGAGGGAGCUGUGCGUGCUCAGGCUGAUCCACGCCUUCUGCGAGGCCGCGCCGAUGCUGCUGCUGCAGGUCUACGUGCUGGCCAUGUACGGCCCGGUGGCGGCGGUCGUCGACGGCGAAUCGCCUUCGCUCGGACUAGUCACCACCGCGGCCACGGCAGUCGCGUCUUCGUCGAUCGUCGAGUCUACGGGACCGCUGGUCGGUCAGACUCAGCAGCUCAACGACUCGAAACUCGCGGAGCUGACCUCGGUCUCGGCGGGCCUGUCGCUCUGGAGCGUCUGCUGGGCCGUGGCCUCGUUCAGUAAAGGCGCGGCGCGACGUCGAAAUCUCGAGCGCCUCGUGCUCACCUGGCUCGGGGUGCUGGCCCAGCUGGUCUGGCGAUUGGGCACCGUGUCGGCCCGGGUCGGGGCUCUGGUCGCCUACGCCUCGGUCUACGGGGCCCACUGGAUGCUCGUCGUCAUGGGCCUGCACUGGCUCAGUAUGCUCACCUGGUUGCUGUUGACGCCGGAUGGACUGUUUCACGCCGGUGAGAAACUCGGCUCCGUGAGGAAGAGCCUCGUGGCGGCGAUGCUCGCCUUCGUCUACGUGUUCGCCUACGUGAAUUUGCACGAGACCAAUCACAGACAGAAGAUGCUGAUAUUCUACUCGGUCAUGCUGCUGGAGAACUCGCUGCUAGUUGGGGUUUGGGCAGUAGGCGUGGGCCAGGCCGGUGAGCCCGCCACUCUAUUGUUCAGCCUCGCGGGUCUCUUCCUGGCUGGUCUCUGCUUCAUGGGCCUGUACUACCGAUUCUUCCACGUGAGGCGGCUGCAGUACGAGGCCAACGGUCGAGUCCGAGCGUCCGAUCGGGACCACAGCCACGGGGGAGGACUCAACGCCCUGUACAGCGAGAAGAGCUCGUCGGGCUGCUACUACGACGACAAGUGCAAUCGCAAGAGCAAGCUCAGCAACAGCGGCAUACCGGGCGUGUUCAAUUGCCGAUUCGCCGUCAAUCCAGCCGUGAGCGGCAACGCCAAUCGCAAGAAGAAGAAGCCGACGAGCUUCGUGCCGCCACCCACGCAGCUGUCCAUCGGCUUCGAUGCCAAUAACCCCCAGAGUGGCAAGUGGCCCAACAACGACGGGCCUCAGCUCAUUCCCUUCUGGAAGAGGCCCCUCUCCAUAGCCAGCACCACCAAUACGACGACGCAGGACGAGGAGCGAUCCGCCAAGAACGAGACGUCGACGACGACGCCGGCAACGGCCGAGCAGCAGUCGAUCGCGGCCUCCCUCAGCGUCAACCUCAUUCACGAGAAGCUGCGAGCCAAGAAGCAGCAACAGCUCCGGGAGCUGCGCGCCAUUCAGGAGGAGAUCAAGGAGGGCAAAAUCGUGCCGCCUCCGGCGGUUGCCGUGGCCUCUCGGAGUCCCCCGUCUCAGGCGGCGACGACGACGACGAUUCGUCCACCGCUGACCAACGACAAGCUCGUAUCGCCACCGGCUUGUCGGACCGUGGCGGCCAAUUGGCCCCCGGUGAAGAUGCACUGCCUGCUGCUGGCCGGGAAUCCGGUGCCGACCUACUACGAGACGUCGGCGCUGGAGCAGUCGGUCGACCAGUGGCAGCAGCAGCGUCUGGCAGUAAGCAGCUCGAACAAGAGGCCUCAGGAGCCUCCUCCGGAGCUGUUGCUGGCACCCAACCGGUUGCAGUCCGCCGAUCGUCGCUACUGGGGCCCGGCUCAGCCGAACGUUCCUCCUGUCGAGGAGGACGCGAGCGACAUGGACGGCAGUCAAAUCUCUUUGCCCAGAAAUUACGCCUUGCCACAAGAAUCGAGGAAGCAAAGUAAAACGACGUCGGCGUCGACCGUCAAUGGCACCUGUCGCUCAUUUUAUCUUCCCUCGACCAAUAGUUCCGACGGUGACAUAGAUAGCGCCGACAACGAGGACGAGACUGAUACUGAGCUAAGAGCCAACGGCAUCGUCGCCCGGAGCAGGCCCUACGUGUUGGAGUCGACGGUGUCCCCGACGCGGUCGCACCACCAGCACCAGCAGUUCGCCAGCAACAUCAGCAACAACAACUCGCCAUCGACAAAGUUUCGACCAGAAACGAAACUCUGACCGAUAUUUGUUUUCUUUUUAUCUACUUUAUCGAUUAAGCUGUAGCAUAUUGAUAUCUUUAAAAGUCGCUGUCUGUCCAGCACAUAGUGUUGAAAUUGAGUUACAACAGAAAAAGAUGUUAAUUCGUUACUUAUUUAUGUAUAUUGUAAGAAUUGUAGAAUCGUAACGUUGUUUAUAGGUAUGUUAUAAUUCGUUUAUAAAUAUCAAUCGUUGUAUUUCUAAGGGCAGUUAAGCAUAGUAAUUGUAAAUAUUAAUACACUUGUACGAUAAGUUUCGUUUGGAAAAGUUGAAAUUUUUAUUUAUUUAUUAUAUACAUUAUCGAAUUUGUCUUGUAAGAGGAGAAAGGAAAUGUGUAAAUAA